GCCAGUGCCAGUGGCAGGCUUAUAAACACUAGGAGUCGUCCCUUCCUUGCUCUGCUUUCCUCUCUGCUAGCUAGCUCUUGUCUUGUCACUGAGUGAGCAGAAGGAGUGUGUGGUGGAGUGCAAACCAAAUCAAACGAAGAAAAGUGGGAGCGAGGAGGAAGAAAAGAAGAAGAAGAAGACGACGACGACACCCACCACCAGCAGCAAGCAGCAAUCAGCAACCAGCAUAACGAAAUGUCGAUCAAGUACUGCGACCAGCACAAGGACUGCGAGCGGCAGCGUCUGUACCGUCGCUUCUGCGCCGCCCUGGUGGGCGUCAUCGUGCUCGUCCUCCUCAUCGUGCUCAUCGUCUGGCUCGUCCUCCGCCCCACCAAGCCUCGCUUCUUCCUCAACGACGUGAGCAUCGUGUGCAUCAACGUCAGCUCCGCCUCCUACCUCACCGUCACCAUGCAGGCCACGCUGGCGUCGCGCAACACCAACGACCGCGUCGGCAUCUACUACGACCGCGCCGACGUGUACGCCGAGUACCGGGCGAUGCAGAUCACGGUGCCCACCGCGCUGCCGCCCUUCUUCCAGCCGCCCAACGACGCCGCCGUCUGGGCGCCCUUCCUCUCCGCCUCCAACGUCCCGCUGCCGCCCUACCUCGCCACCGCGCUCACACAGGACGAGACGGCGGGGUACCUGCUCGUCACCAUCCGCGUCGACGGCUGGAUCCGCUGGAAGGCCGGGGCCUUCAUCACCAGCCACUACCACCUCAGGGUGCGCUGCCCCGCGCUGCUCACCGUCAACGACGGACAAGGAAGCUACGGCUCCAACGCCGGUGGGGGGCUCGGCUACUUCAAGUUCCAGCGCGCAGCACCCUGCAUCGUAGACGUCUGAGAUCGAUCUCGAUUCAAAAAUCACAUUAAAGAAGCUCGGCCGGGAUGAAUUGAACAAGAAGCCCUUUUCUUUUUCGUAAUAAGAUAUAUACAUAUGAAUCAAAUAAUAGCUUCAACUCUUUGGUUUAUUUUUGUUGCUUUUUUUUCUUUUUUUUGUUUGGAUGGGAAAAAACGUAGACUAUAUUGUAGCAAUUAAUAUCUGGAGGAUAUGCUUCUAGAUGGAUGGAUAUAUGAACGAAAGGGCCGGCCGCCGGGAAAGCUCAGCUAACUUUGAGUUACCUCUACUUUUCCCUAUCUCUGUACUGUAGAGUGUAUUUUGGAUUUCCUCGAGGUAUGGUGGGACAAAAAAAAGGACUAUUGCUUUGAAUCUACGGAAUUCAUGAGAGGGACAAACCCACACACACACAAAAUGUAAGUGUACGUGUUACUAUUAAGUUGUUGAUGUAAGUAGACUUUUCACUCAUUGUCAUACUAGUAUGAUCAAAUUAAUAGCUAUUAAUUAUCCAC